AUGAAUAAAUCAACACAUGCUUUAACUGGUAUUAAUCGUUGGCUUAAUAAUUUAAUGUGUAAUGUACCUGAAUUAGUAAUAUAUACUUAUCCAAAUGCAACUACAGAAGGACAUAUAUAUUGGUUAUUUAAAAAUCCAGAUGAUGAUAUUGUUACAUUAUAUGAUUUAACAAAUUUAUGUGAAACAGAUCAUGAUGACAAUUUAUAUACAUUACCAGUUGCUAUACUACUUUAUAAAAUGAAACAUAAAAUUGUAUCAAACUUUGAUUAUGAAACAUGUUUAAAAGAAUCUGGUACAAUAUGCACAUUACUUAAACAUUAUUUAGAUAUUAUCAUAUAUAAUGAAUGGACAAAAAAUUCAACAACAACAUCAACACUUGAAGCAUUAGAAAAUAAUUUAACAGCAACAAAUCUUUUAUUACUUAAACGAACAACUAUUGAAGAAGAAUUAUUAAAAUGUCAACAACAGGUUGAUGAAUUACAACAAAAAUUAUGUUUGGAACAACCAAAACAUUCAUAUCAAUAUUUACGUGGGGUUGAAGAUGAACAAAUAGGGUCAAAACAUUUACAUAAUGAAUGUAUACGUAUAAGUCAAGAUUAUCCAUCACGUGCAAAUGAAUUUCAACAACGUUUAGAACAAUUAAAUUUAAUUAUAAUGAUUUAA